AUGAGUUACAGCACAUCCUCAGUGCAUAAUUUGUACCACAGCAGCACUACCACCUCUGAACCUGAUCCAGGGACAACUGUGGAUGGGACUGUACCAGAAACUGCUACCAUAAGCCCUGAGACCACCAGCUUUAACAGCACCAAAAUCCCUGAUGUGGCCAGCAGUGGGCCUGGCAUGGGCACAAUGCUGCUGUCAUUUGGAAUCAUUACAGUGAUUGGGUUGGCUGUAGCUAUGGUUCUGUACAUCAGGAAGAGAAAGAGGUUAGAGAAGCUGCGGCACCAACUCAUGCCCAUGUACAACUUUGACCCCACGGAAGAACAGGAUGAGCUGGAGCAAGAGCUACUGGAGCACGGGCGAGAUGCUGCAUCUUUGCAGGCCUCACAGAGCAAGAUUCUUCUGACAAACCAAGGAGCCCUCCAGAGACCCAGCCGUCUUGUGUUUACAGAUGUUGCUAACGCCAUCAAUGCAUGAACAAUAACGGCCCCUGCUUUGGAAUUGUGCUGAGAUUGGACAGGAUAUAGCCAAAGAACCAACCAAUUAAGAACUUACUACAAGUAUGGGUGACAUCACUGAGCCCAGCUGAUUGCCCUAUUGGCUUGUGUUGCACCUGGGGAGAAAGUGCAGGGCACUGAACCCACUUCAGGAAGCAAGUACUUGGUGGUGGCUGCAGCAGUUGUUGAUGCAUCCGUUGCCCCUUGAAAGUCCUGAACUGCCAUGCCCAGAUUUCAGGGGUGAUGGCAGUAGGCACUCUCUAAGUUGUGUGCUAAUGGAAAUGCAAACGUUCAGAGAUGGAUUGGUCUCUGAACAAAUGAAUUUGAAAUGAAUACAGGGGCAGUGGGGAGGGGUGUAUAUGUUCAGAAGGGUUCUCCCAUUGGCUUUGUGCCAUAACAUCCCCGGAAGAGUCCUGCAGUAUGACACUAGCAUCUCCCCACCAGUGGCCUGCAGAGGCAGCAGCUUUCACAGACGCUUGAGGGAAGGCAAAGUCCCCUUGAGCUGGAAGCUAGGGCAGCCUGCUAGACAGCAUCCAUGAGCAUGCAAUACUAUCUCCAGGGGUGAAUAUUAUCCCCCUUGCUUUUAGCACCACCCUUGUGCCAGGUGGGUUAUUCAUAAACAUAUACAGAGGGUGGUGUCAAAGACUUUCAGCCUGGGCAUUACUGGCUAUAAAGGUGAACUGAGGGCUUUGGAAAAAUAACUGAUUGAACCAUUUUCUCUUUUGACAUUUAAUCAAUGUCCUAAAUCAGUGAUGCAGCAAGGGUGCAGGGGGACCCAUUCAGCUUCUAGAGGCCAAGAGCUCUUAUAUCAGCCUGCAAAACCACCUGUUGCUGAGACAGUGAUUGAUACACCAUAGGGCAGUUGCGGGGAAGGGGCACUAGGUCAGCUGCUGCAGGCUUCACAUUUGUGGACAGGCACAAAUAUAACGACCACAGAAGUGGCAGCUGAAUGCACCACUGCAAUCUGCACUGCAGCAGCCUGAGUGCUGCCCUGUGCAUUGCAAGUGCCCUGGGCACCAGCCUUCCCUGCUAAGCUUGUGUUGAUGCUGAAACACCACAGUGCCUGAAUGAUUAACAUGGAUGCUGAUAUUAUCCCAUCCACUCCUCUACUUUGGCUGAGAAAAGCCCCAUCAAAGCCAAGUCUUGAUGGGGGAACAGAAUCCUUUUUUGAGGAGAAAUAUAGGUACAUAGGCUUAAAAUUAAACAUCAAUACACCUCCAUCAGUAGUUACUGGAAAUCUAAGCAUUAUUUAUGUACCCACCAGAAGCUGCAUUUAAGGUUCUGUGCUUCUGGUACUGAAGCAGGCGACUCUCUGCCAUGUGUCCAGCAGACUACUCCUCUUUAAGAAAUGGCACUGCAUCCACGGAUGCAGAAGUGCAAGUUUAGACUUGGGUCUUGGUGGGCAAAACAGUCUUUCAGUUCACCUUUAAUGCUGAAGCACCUCUCCUGCUGCAGUGCCUUCAACUGAUACCAGAAGGGAAGAAUGCCAAACAUGGAACCUAUGGGCUGUCAUGGAUCAUGGUACAGCUAUGCUGCUUUAGCCACCUUAGCUUUGGGUAGUACAGACUGGGUGAUCUCAUACGCAAAGCCUUCUGGCAGUCACCAAGAGGAAGUGCAGUUAGACAAGCAGCCAGUAGGGGAAUGCCAGCAGUGAGUGGCAGGCCAUGUAUGGUGUUGCAAUAGUUUUACAGAGGUCUGUGUAGAGGAAUACCAUAUCUCUGAAGCAUGGCUAUUUGGCACAAGAUAGGGCUGUGCAAAGAAACCCCAGCUAGCUCUAAAUGAGUUAGUUUAGGUACUGGAGGCAGCAUGAGCCACACUGUACUGUAUCCUGGCUAAUUAACCCUUUACCCAUAUUCUCCAAGAUGUCCAAAUCUUACGGCAAUCACCCC